UUGUGACUCUGUUUGUUAUUAUUUCUGUUCUUAUUUUCUCUAAUGCAUGGCUGGUUGGAAAUUGUCUUUGAUUAUGUAAGCUGCUGCCCGAAAGCUUUGUGUACGUCACUGGAUCAGCCCCAGAUAAGUCCAUCGUAGGCGUCGAUAUUUCACUGAUUUGUGCGAGCUUGAAAGUGACCUAAGAUUUCAAACCGUACCUUCGGGUUAAAUAUCCGACGACUCACAUUUAAAAGAUUGUUGACCUCGCGAUUAAAUACACCGUAAUCGGACGUUUUUGAUCUUUCGAUUUCCGAAGGAGGUCGAUUCCUUCGUGAAUUGGGCGAUCGAUUCAACAAAGUGGUAUGCGGAACUUUUUAAGAGUAUAACUGUAAUCGAUUUGCUGACUUGACUUUCAUUCAGUCUGUUCUGAUCCGAGAGUUAGCGCACAAGUUCAACAUUGUCCAUUUAGAUACUAACAAAGAUGGGUGGAAAUCAGUCCAACUUGCCUCCUCGACCACUGGGCUUUGAAUACAUGUCUAUUGCUGUUCGUGAAACAGACAAAUUUCGUGUCAUUCUUGGCACUGAUCGGGAGAUAAGCAUUAUCCGCCAGGUUAUUCAGGAAUCAUGGCCUAAAGGGAUACAACAAGAGACAUUCAAAAUGAAUGGUGUACAUGAAUUCAAAUUCAAAGGAAAUCCAUUCUGUGUUGCCACUUCAUCAAGUGAUGCAAUUAUUUCCAGGAAAAUGGCUGGAAAUGUUCUGCACAGGCUUUACCAUGAUGGAUGGAAGUUACAAAUGUCAAGUGACCUAACACAGACAACUGAUCUCACAACCUGGAUUUUCAAGAAAGAUACCGCUGCCAUCUGUCCAUCUUUGCCAUUUCUUAUUGUGGGCCUCAGCAGUUUUGACAGUUUGAUGGUGCUAAAUGGUCCAAUGGAUCUCCAUCACUUGUUCAAAGAUGUCAUGGAGAAGUCCUGGCCUCAAGGAAUACAGCGAUGGACGUAUGAGAAUGAUGUUUUAAUGAUCAAAUUGAAGGGAAAUCCUUGGUAUGCAAAUGGUGAGGAUACAGUUCAUGCAAGAGUGAUUUUACACACUCUCAUUGGGGCACUGCAGGUCAAACAGUGGAAACUUUAUGCAAAUUCCAACCUAAGAAGGAGCGCCAAUACUCUAUUUUUUGAGUAUGAUCCUAAUAUUGUUCCUGGUAUGCAGUUUUCUCCCAUGCCUGGAAUGCAGCUCUCUCAAUCGUACUUCACAGUCAGUCUCAACAGUCAUGACUUGUUGAGACUGAUUGGUGCGCCAGAGGGGCUGGUGUCUGCUGUUCGAACCACUCUUCAGACUUUCUGGUCAAGAGGCAUUCAAGAAGAAAGAGCCUAUGCCACCAGUUGGCAAUUUAAGCUACGAGGCAAUCCUUGGUGGGCAUCAGGUGAUGAAGCUGUGGACUCAAGGUUCCUGGUUUUGAAGAUACUUGAAGCUUUGCAAGCUUAUGGAUGGAGUGUGGCAGCCAGUAUUGAUUGCUCGAGGAAAGAUUCUGACAAGAGUAGUGUGAUCUUUAAAACAUCACAGCCAACUCAGUCUCAUUUCUUCUGUGUCAGUUUGCAUGAGACUGACAAGUUGCGGCUAAUAAAUGCGCCUGAGGAUGUCACAAAGAUUUGUCAGGAUGUGAUCCAAUCCCAGUAUCUCCUUGGCAUUCAAAGGGUGCAAAUUUAUGGUAAAAGCCUUGAGUUUAAAUUUUUGGGUAACCCUUGGAGUUGUGGAAUUGAUGGUCAUGAUGGUAUCCAUGGCAGAAGUAUGUUACUACAUAUAUUUGCUGCUCUGGCGAGCCGCUUUUGGCGACCAGUCAUGUCAGCAGAUGUGUCAGCCAAAUAUGUCCACCAGAAAGAUGGUCCUGAUUAUCCAUUAGAUGUGGAUUCUAUAUUCUUCACGUAUGAUCCCACUGCAGCAUCACUAUCUGCACCCUCCUAUAUGCAGCCAUCGCCCUAUGGCUUUCUUCCACCCAAUCAGCCCCCACCACCUUUUGCUCCACCUGCCUAUGGAGUAUAUCCAAAUCAGCAUUAAAGUGGUAUGACAGAGUCUUGCAUAUUAAAUGAUUUCGACAAAUGGUGUUCCAAGAGAAGCUUUUGACUGUAAUACUGCACAACAAACCGUCUGAUAAGAGAUUUAUUAUCCAACACGCCAAAUUGUUAUUUCAGUAUGGGGGGCGAAUUUCGCGGAUUUUUUUGGAGUACAAAUUUUGCGUGAUAUUUGUACUCGUCUCGCACGUUAUUUGUACUCCACGAAGCAUAGUUGGAUAAUAAAUGUCGAUACAUUAUAUAGUGGAAUGAAAGCAAGCUGGCAGCACAGAAAGUUUUUCAGUUUCGUUAAUUCAGAUCUCAACGAAGAUAAUGUCACAUCGGCGGAUGUAACAGAAACUUGGCAUUCAACUGUCGGCAGAUCUUUAAUAAUUAUGUUAUUCACCGCCCUACUCAAGAUUAUUAUUACUUGAUCACGAGGUCACGUGAUUUAGUGUGAAAAAAAAAAGUUAACAGUCAUUGUAAUCCGCCCAAAUCACUCGAAAUUGAUCAGUUACUGGUAUAUUGUUAUCAUAAUGACGUAGAGUGUUAAAAGAACUAUUAAAAGAAACUAUAACUGCCAUGGGGGACUGAUUCU